GCGAGUGGAACGCGGCGGAGCCCAGCGUUCGGUCGGUGGAACGUUGGCAGCGCCAGGGCUCUCAGCAGUAGCGAAGCAGCCCCGCGUCUGCCAUGGUGGCGCUGCACGGUUCCGCGGCCCCGCGGCUGCUCCUCGUCCCCGGCCAAGCAGCCGAGCCCCUGGGCGCCGCAGCCAGCCGGCCCCUCUCCGUGGUGCUCCCGGCCGGGGGCCCGCGCUCCCCCAGCCCGGAGCCCCAGCAGCCUGCCCGCAAGCGGCAGCGACUCACCCACCUGAGUCCGGAGGAGAAGGCGCUGCGCAGGAAGCUGAAGAACCGCGUGGCGGCGCAGAGCGCCCGGGACAGGAAGAAGGCGCGGAUGAGCGAGCUGGAGCAGCAGGUGUUGGAGCUGGAGCAGGAGAACCAGACUCUCCUGCUAGAGAACCAGCUCCUGCGGGAGAAGACCCAGGGCCUCGCAGUGCAGAACCAGGAGCUGCGCUGUCGGCUGGGGCUAGAUGCGCUGGAGACGGAGGAGGAGGCGAGGGAGCCUAAGGUGGUGAUGGAAUCACAGGUGGAUGAAAUCAGGAUGGUGACCGGGUCCGCUGAGCGCAGCACUCAGACUAUGUGUUCCUCUGCAGCAGGUGCAGGCCCAGCAGUCACCCCUCCUGACAAUCUCCACAUGGAUUCUGAUGGCAUUGACUCUUCAGACUCUGAGUCUGAUCUGCUAUUGGGCAUUCUGGACAGCCUGGACCCAGACAUGUUCCUCCGGUAUGGUAAUUCAGAGUCAUCGUGCUUGGAAGAGCUUGAGGAAGAAAUCUGUGGAAAAGAAUCAGAUUCCUUACCAGCCUCCCCCACUCCCUCUGUGGGGUCCUCAUCAGCCAAGUUGGAGGCCAUUAAUGAACUGAUCCGGUUUGACCACGUGUACACCAAGCCCCUAAUCUCUGAGAUCCCUGCUAAAAUGGGCAGCCAAGCUGAUAUGCUAAUGAAAAUAGAGGAAGCAUCUCUCUGUCCCUCAGAAGACAAGGACCUCCCUGAGUCCCCAGUCUCAGUGAAAGACGAACCUAUAGACAACUUUUUGCCUGAGCUGAGUAUCUCAAACCUGCUCUCUUCUGAUCACAGCCUUGAGACCUCUUGCUGUUUGUUGGAUGCAUGUAGUGACUCUGGAUAUGAAGGAUCCCCUUCUCCCUUCAGUGAUCUGCCCUCUCCACUGAGCACAGUCCAUUCUUGGGAAGAUACUUUUGCCAAUGAACUUUUUCCCCAGUUGAUCAGUGUCUGAUUUAUUCAUUAGUGUUGCAUCUCUUCUGUGGAGUAACACUUUACUAUCUAUGCAGGGUAGCAGGAACCAUCUCCCCUUUUUCUUAAGCCAGAAGUAAAGUAGAUGGCUAUUUUCUUAAAGAACAUUGCUUUUUAAAGUGUUUUCACCAAACCAAGUAUUGCUAAUUUGUGCCCAUCUCAAACUCAAUAGAACUGGGUAUAAUGGUGCCCUUUGUACCAGUACUUUCUCUUGAAAACAAAAUGGCUAAUUGCCCUUAUCAGAAACUAAAAGUAAUGUUACCCUCAGAAAGAAACAGGUGCUCUUGUACCUACACUGUACCUUGCCCAAUUUGGGCAAACCCUCCAUACCUAGGAGAAAUUUAUUUCAGGGGCAGUAAAGGGGGGGGAGGAGUUUAAGUCCUUGUCACAACAAUAGCCUGCUUAGGCAGUGGGGCUAUGCUUCCCUCUAUGUACAGACAGUUGGCUCAACAUAAGAUUAAAAAUCUCUUGUAAAUUUUACAUAACUUACUAUAUAAAUGCUUAUGAAAGUUUUCUAUUGCUAUUUAGUUUCAGUGAAUUGCUUUCUCCAUUUAAUAUUUAAAACUACCUGUGCAAUUAAAGUGCAAUGCAAAUA